AUGAUCAGUAAAAGAAAACAAGAACAAGAACAAGAACAAGAACAAGAACAAGAACAAGAACAAGAACAAGAAGAGGAACAAGAACAAGAACAAGAAGAGGAACAAGAACAAGAACAAGAACAAGAACAAGAACAAGAACAAGAACAAGAACAAGAACAAGAACAAGAAGAGGAACAAGAACAAGAACAAGAACAAGAACAAGAACAAGAACAAGAACAAGAACAAGAACAAGAACAAGAACAAGAAGAGGAACAAGAACAAGAACAAGAACAAGAACAAGAACAAGAACAAGAACAAGAAGAGGAACAAGAACAAGAACAAGAAGAGGAACAAGAACAAGAACAAGAACAAGAACAAGAACAAGAACAAGAACAAGAACAAGAACAAGAAGAGGAACAAGAACAAGAACAAGAAGAGGAACAAGAACAAGAACAAGAACAAGAACAAGAACAAGAACAAGAACAAGAACAAGAACAAGAAGAGGAACAAGAACAAGAACAAGAACAAGAACAAGAACAAGAACAAGAACAAGAAGAGGAACAAGAACAAGAACAAGAAGAGGAACAAGAACAAGAACAAGAACAAGAACAAGAACAAGAACAAGAACAAGAACAAGAACAAGAAGAGGAACAAGAACAAGAACAAGAAGAGGAACAAGAACAAGAACAAGAACAAGAACAAGAACAAGAACAAGAACAAGAACAAGAACAAGAAGAGGAACAAGAACAAGAACAAGAAGAGGAACAAGAACAAGAACAAGAACAAGAACAAGAACAAGAACAAGAAGAGGAACAAGAACAAGAACAAGAAGAGGAACAAGAACAAGAACAAGAACAAGAACAAGAACAAGAACAAGAACAAGAACAAGAACAAGAAGAGGAACAAGAACAAGAACAAGAACAAGAACAAGAACAAGAACAAGAACAAGAAGAGGAACAAGAACAAGAACAAGAAGAGGAACAAGAACAAGAACAAGAACAAGAACAAGAACAAGAACAAGAACAAGAACAAGAAGAGGAACAAGAACAAGAACAAGAAGAGGAACAAGAACAAGAACAAGAACAAGAACAAGAACAAGAACAAGAACAAGAACAAGAACAAGAAGAGGAACAAGAACAAGAACAAGAAGAGGAACAAGAACAAGAACAAGAACAAGAACAAGAACAAGAACAAGAAGAGGAACAAGAACAAGAACAAGAAGAGGAACAAGAACAAGAAGAGGAACAAGAACAAGAACAAGAACAAGAACAAGAACAAGAACAAGAACAAGAAGAGGAACAAGAACAAAAACAAGAAGAGGAACAAGAACAAGAACAAGAACAAGAACAAGAACAAGAACAAGAACAAGAACAAGAAGAGGAACAAGAACAAGAAGAGGAACAAGAACAAGAACAAGAAGAGGAACAAGAACAAGAACAAGAAGAGGAACAAGAACAAGAACAAGAAGAGGAACAAGAACAAGAACAAGAACAAGAACAAGAACAAGAACAAGAACAAGAACAAGAAGAGGAACAAGAACAAGAACAAGAACAAGAACAAGAACAAGAAGAGGAACAAGAACAACAAGAACACCAAGAACAACAAGAGCAACAAGAGCAACAGCAAGAG